AUGGGCAAGUCAAAGGAGAUCAAGGCCGCCAAGGCCAAGAAGGUCGAGGCUGCCCCCGUCAAGGUCGCUGCCACCAAGGUCAAGGAGACCGCCAAGAAGGCUGUGAGCAAGAAGUCGAAGAAGGUCGAGUCUGAGUCCGAGAGCAGCGAGUCGGAGAGCGAGUCCGACUCGGAGGCCAGCGACAGCUCCGAGGAGGAGUCUGAGGAGGAGGACUCUGACGUCGAGAUGGCCGAGGCUCCCAAGGCCGCUGUCACCAAUGGCAAGGCCAAGGCUCAAGCGGCUGCUACCGACUCUGAUGACUCCGAGGAGGAUUCUGAUGACUCUGAUGACGAGUCUGAUGAGGAGGAGAAGCCUGCUGCCAAGGUUGUGAAGACGAACGGCAAGGCUAAGCCAGCCGAGUCUGAGUCUGAGGACUCUGAUGACUCUGAGGAUGAUGACGAGGACUCGAGCGAUUCUGAUGACUCCGACGAAUCCGAGGAGGAGUCCGAGUCUGCGGAGGAGAAGUCCGCUGUUGCUGACAAGUCCUCCAAGAAGAGGAAGGCCGAGGAGGAGCCCGAGGCUGCUGAUGCUUCGGCCAAGAAGACCAAGUCGGAUGGCGAGACCGAGACCUCUGAGAAGAGCGCGACCCUCUGGGUCGGCAACCUCGGCUGGGGCGUUGACGACAACGCGCUCUACGAGGAGUUCCAGAGCAUCGAGGGCAUCACCGGCGCCCGCGUCGUGUCCGACAAGGAGACGGGCCGCUCGCGUGGCUUCGGCUAUGUCGACUUCGAGACCCCCGAGGCUGCCCAGAAGGCCUACGACGAGAAGAGCGGCGCUUUCCUCCAGGGCCGCGACCUCCGCCUCGACUUUGCUGCCAAGCCCAGCGGCGACUCGGCCCCCAACGCUCGCGCCGCCGACCGCGCCCGCAAGCAUGGCGAUGUCAUCAGCCCGGCGAGCGACACCCUCUUCGUCGGCAACCUCCCCUUCAGCGCCGACGAGAGCUCCGUCUCCGCCUUCUUCAACGAGGUCGCUGAAGUCCAGAGCCUGCGCAUCCCUACCGAUAUGGAGUCCGGCCGUCCCAAGGGCUUUGCCUACGUGACCUUCUCCUCGAUCGAGGAUGCCAAGUCCGCCUUCGACUCUCUCAACGGCGGCGACCUUGACGGCCGUCCCGUCCGUCUGGACUACGCCAAGCCCCGUGACAACAACGGCGGCGGUGGUGGUGGCCGUGGCGGGUUCGGCGGCGGCCGUGGUGGCGGUGGUUUCGGUGGUGGCCGCGGCGGUGGUCGUGGCGGUGGUCGUGGCGGCUUCGGCGGCCGUGGCGGUGGUGGACGCGGCGGUGGCCGUGGUGGGUUUGGCGGAGGCCGCGGUGGCGGCAGUGGUUUCCAGGGCAAGCGCACCACUUUCUAA